AUGGGGUGGGCGGCGGGAAAAAAAGAGCGUGAGCCAGCAGCGAUUGAUGACGGGCUACGGUACGGAGUCCUGCAGGGUCAGAUUCAGCCUGCACCAGAGAAGAGAUCAAGAGGUCCUGAGAGAGGACAGCAACUGCGGAGAGAAACCACAGACCAUCCAACCACUCCACUCCACAGAUCACAGACCACACACACUCUCGCUCUUGCUCCUCUCUCAACCGGCGAGCGACGGGGACCGAGACAGGGACAGACUGCGCUGAGUGGUGCAUGUGGGCUGGCCACCAAGAGUGGUGAGACCAAGGUGCUGGUGCUGUGCAACUAG